CUUUAUCAACACAAAAAAGAUCAGUCAUUGACUGAGCCAAGCGAAGAAGAGACGGCGCCACGCUAGGCAGAGUCGCACCAGCCUUCACAAACUGAAGAUCUCAUGCCUCUCUGUGGUUGAAAUGAAAAACUGAUUUUACUGCUUGGCUUUAUUCUUGUUUUAUUAUAUUUGGUUUAUUUAAUUUAUUUGUUUUCCUGCAAAGAGCUGCCAUGACGUUACGUGGAGUUUUCAUGGUCCUCAUGGGGUGUCUUCUGGUGUCAAAGGCAUGGUCCUCGGGCGACGACUCCAGCAUCGACAUCCGUGGCCCACGCCUCGUGGUGCCCUCUCAAGCCCGGGACUCCUGCAGCACCCAGCAGACCACAGACUUGUGUGUGGAGGGGACCUGGGGGCGCAAGUGCCCGGGUGGGUGCCGUAUGCUGAGCAUGCUGAGCCGCACAGAGAAGGACAGCACGCGCCGUGUGGACGAGCUCACGAAAAGGCUGGCGCGCAUGAUCCAGCUGCACACGGAGAUCCACACGUACUACCGCUCCGUCAGCGACGUCUCCAACCAAGUGGUGACCGACAGAGAGGACACAGAGGCGCGCUUCUUAGCUUUGCUUACCGACCUGGAGAGGAAAAUCAUCUACCUGCAGAGACGCGUCAACGGCCAAUUCACGCUGCUGUCUCAGCUCCGAAAUGGAAUUGCUCAGCAAACAUCUACGAUCCUGCAAUUGGAGUUGGACAUCGACAUCGCGCUGCGCACCUGCAAGGGCGCGUGCGCGCGCCAAACGAGGUACCGCGUGGACAAGGAGAUGAACCUCCAGCUGGAAAAGGCCAACAGCUACCUGAGCGGCAUCAACCUCGCGCUGUUCGAGGAGAUAGUGCACGAGAGCUUCUCUGUGGAGCGCGAGCAUGCGCGCAGCCUGCAUCCCUACAGCGGUGGCCCCGCCAGCGAUGCGGCCCGCACGGAGCCACGCGAUGACGACGGCACGGCCAGCCAGGCCAAAGGCUUCCGAUCAGACGCAACGGACCCGGGCGUGUCGCACGCCAACAGUUCCAACGCGUUUGAAAAUGUUGAUGAGAAGUCCAAAGUGGAAAAAGACGUGAAUGUAGCAUCCACUUCUUCAGUGUCAUCAUCAUCAUCAUCGUCGUCGUCGUCGUCAUCCUCGUCAACGUCGUCAACAACAUCGUCAACGCAGAAAACAGAAGAGCUCUCUUUUAAAAAGGUUUCUGUGAGUACAGCUGCAGUGGCUGGAAAAGAGACAGAUGACUUCCAGUGGGACGCCGUCCAAACAGCCGCACAAACAGAGGAGGGCUUUGUGAGGGACACGGGCGCGGAUGGCGCGUGGAAUCAACCCAACCUGCAAUGGAAUUCGGAUUUUGGCACCGCAAGUGACGACGAACCAGACUUCCAAGCGCGGAGCCACAGGACCAACUUGUCCGAAUAUAUAGACUGCCUGGACGUGCUGCAGAGGCGUGCGGGUGGCAAGGCGAGCGGUCUGUACGAGGUGCGUCCGCGCGGGGCCAAGCGCCCCAUGACCGUCUACUGCGAGCAGGACAAAGACGGCGGCGGAUGGACCCUCGUGCAGCAGCGAGAGGACGGCUCCUUGAACUUCAACCGCUCGUUCUCGGCCUACCGAGAGGGCUUCGGAACAGUCGACGGCUCGGGCCACGGGGAGCUGUGGCUCGGUCUGGAGGCCAUGUACCUGCUCGCCCACGAGGACUCCACCAUGCGGGUGGAGCUUCAGGGCUGGGACGGCGCGGGCGCCCACGCCGAGUACACGGUCACCCUCCGGGACGACAGCGAGGGCUACGCGCUCCAGGUCUCGGACUACCGCGGCACGGCGGGGAACGCGCUCGUCUCCGGGGUGGCCGAUGACCCCGAGCUGACCUCCCACGGGGGGAUGACGUUCAGCACCUUCGACCGCGACACCGACAAGUGGAGCGACGGCUCGUGCGCCGAGUGGUACGGCGGCGGCUGGUGGUACAACGCAUGCCAAGCCGCCAACCUCAACGGCGUGUACUACCAGGGGGGGCCGUACGACCCCCGCGAGAAGCCCCCCUACGAGGUGGAGAACGGUGUGGUGUGGGCCACGUACCGCGGAUCCGACUACUCGCUCAAGCGCACCUCCGUGCACUUCCGACGCGUCCAGAUACCCAUCGUCGUGUGACGGCGCUGGCACACGCGAGAGGUUUUUUCAUUAAAGAGGCCACGAGGCUGGGUAAGCGAGUUGUAAGUUGUAGUCGGUCGUUGUAAUCAAGGCCGGUAAAGCGAGUUGUAAGUUGGAAUCGAUAGCAAGAACCGUUUCAUUGUUUUUACAAACUAGCAUUACUCAUGGGUUACAGCAAAAGUGAUUAUGGAUGGGAGAAAGGACUGCAUACCUGUCAACCCCUUAUCCGUGCCUACCUUAUUACAGACCAAUUCAGACAUUAUUGGUCACCCCGUGCCCUUAUAAAUCUCAACAUUCAUCCUACAAAGUCCCAUCACAAGGGAGAAACACAAACGAAUAAAUUUUUUUGCCCGUAUUGAAACGGCUGUACGCCGUAUGGACCUGAAAACGCAAUUUCCCUGUACAAGAAUACAGGUAAACCUGUAUGGGUUAACAGGUAAGCCGUAUGGGUUGACAGGUAAACCCGUAUGGGUUGACAGGUAUGGGAUUGUCACGCAGUAGAUGUAAUGAUGUCGUUUGUGUUGACUUGUUUUUUCGCAAUAUGAAUUGCCAGAACAGAUACGUUGAAAGAUUUUCGGUAAUGAUGUAGAUGGAAAUUGUAUACUGUAAACAUUCCUCACUAAUUGCCCAAUUGAAUAAUAAACUUACCAUUGAAA